AUGAAAAGUGAAAGCGAAUUGAAGGAAAUCGAGGCGCGCAAACUGAUGAUGACUCAAACCGAGUGCGAAAACGAGAACGAACUCGUCAAAAAAACAUCGAAAAAUUUUAUAUCGCCGAGGGACCUUCAGAAGAGUCGAAUUCGCGUCGGUUCGUCGCCGAAUGUGGCCGGCGGCGGCGGAAGUCUCGAUCGACUUAACGACAUUCGCGAGAACUCGAUGGCGUCGACAUACGGCCCGAAUUGGAGUGUAACGUCAAUGCCGACAAUUCAAGAUUUUAAAGCAAUGGAAGAGAUUAUGUCACCACUUGAAUACUAUCACGGAUACAUUUGUCGCGAGGAUUUGAUUGGAAUUCUGAAGAAAUAUGGCGAUUAUUGCGUCCGGAUAUCCGUGCACGCCGCCUCGGCAGAGAAGAAGACUGUUCGGGAGAAAGCUAAUAAAUCAAUGGUUACUAAAUUGGAUAUUUUGCUGGCGAAUCGAGAUUUUGUUAUCGCUGUGAAUUGCAAUAAGAAAAAAGAGGCGGAGAAGGAAACGGCGAAUAAAGAGAAAUCCGAUGAUAAGGAUGACAAGAAAUCGAAACGAAUCGCCAUAUCGCACAUCAAGAACAUGGUCCUGCGACGAACCGAUGGCAAAUUGAGCAUCGAGCCCGGCAAACUGUUCAGAACGCUCAACGAGCUCGUCGCGCAUUAUAAGGUCAACACGGGCACAUACAAAGGUCACGAAUUCCAAUUGCUUCAACCGAUCGGCCUCACGAGUUGGGAGUUUCGGCACAAGGAGAUCGAGUUGAGCGAGAAGAAGCUCGGCGAAGGAGCGUUUGGCGAAGUGCGAGUUGGAACGAUUCGAGUGAAAGAAGGAGGCUUGCUGAAAUCAGUGAAUGUCGCUGUGAAAAUGUUGAAGAAUGCAGAAUCAGUAACCAGGGACCAAGUUCAAGAGCUCUUACACGAAGGAAGAGUUAUGCGAUAUUUGGAUCAUAAGAACGUCCUGAGGUCUUACGGUGUCGCUGUUCUUCAUGAGCCUCUAUACCUAAUGAGUGAAUUGUGUGGAUGUGGCGCUUUGCGAGAAUACCUCCGUGAGAACGCCAAAACGCUCACGCUGAACGAUCGCCUUCAAUUCUGUUUGGGUUCGGCGCGAGGCGUCGAGUAUCUGCACAGUCAGCGAUUGAUUCAUCGCGAUCUCGCCGUGAGGAAUGUCCUCCUCACCGACGAUAAAACGCCGAAGGUGUCCGAUUUCGGAUUGGCGAAAGUCACGGAUAGAUACGAGAUGAAGGAAACGUGCAAGAUUCCCGUACGAUAUUUGGCUCCCGAGACACUUGACACGUUCGUGUUCACACCGAAAAGCGACGUCUUCUCGUUCGGCAUGGUCAUGUGGGAGAUAUUCGAAAACGGCGUUCAACCACAUGACGGGAAAAACGCGCAAACCAUCAAAGAUUUGACGAAACGGCAACAAUUUCUGAAGUUGAAUGAGAUGGCGCCCGAGCCGCUUCGCAAACUCGUCAGCGACAAAAUUUUCGUGUCAGAUCCGGAGAACCGGUGCAACAUGAGCGCCGUCGUUCAAGCCCUUGAGAAGAUUGUUGGAAAAUAA